CUACGGUAUGUCCAUCUAUUCUCGCCUUAUUCUGUUUUUACAACCGGUUCGGUUCCCGCUAACUAACCCUUGCAGGGCCUCACUAGCACUUGGGCCUGGGACUCGUACCUAAACCUUCCCUUCCAGUUUUAUGUAAAAUACAUCACCAGUGCUCCUAUAUGCUCGGCUUCCAAAAGUUGCUUUGCUAUGUAACCUUGUGGCAGGCUGGCGCCGUACCUAGCGCUUCCUUUUCACCCUGCUGCGCUUGCCCCGCGCCACCUGCCCGCCAAAUUCCGGAUCCAACACCCAGUCGUUCGUUUGUAUUCCAAUAUGAUAAUACCAUCCGGUUAUAUUCCCCGCCAUUCACACUAUUCGCCGUGUUUUUGUACCUUCUCCCAAUUCACCACUGAUGUAGCGCCGUAAGUCAUUCAACUUUGUCCGCGCUCACUCUCCGCUGCAGACUAGAUUAAAUUGACUGCCAGAUUCAAGGCCAGUAGUCUCACUCAUGCUGCCCGACAGCUCACUUCCCUCCUUUUCCAAUAGGUUCUUAUAUUUGUUCAGUUGAUUCUGGAUUGGCUUUGUCUCGCUGCUAAAUUGUUACAGUCUCGUGCUUACCUGGCUUUUUCAUAUUAUCCGUUCAUCUGGUGUCUCAGUGCUUCCUUUGUUCUGCUCAGCUGUGCGUCGUAAUCUGGUAGCCCACGUAUCACUACUUCCCUAUUUGUCCUUCCUGUAGUAUCCGGGACCAAAUUUUCCUAUGGUACCACCCCAUCGUUAUUUGAAUAAGCAUCUUACUGCAUCCCGUGAGUACAUUCCAGCCUUCAUUUGGCUCUGAUUCGCUCAUGCGACAUUCGGGCCUUUACUAAUUUGCAUAGAUCCGACUCUUCU